AUGGCUACAAGUCUUGGCAUCUGGCAUCUGGUUCUGAAAGGUGGAGAGGAGAAAGGGAUCGUUCCGCCCUGUGCCAUUCAAAUUACAAAUGUCUCGUAUGGCGAAGAAAUUGCAGAUGCGAGCAGCAGGGGUGUCGUCAAAUUGACGUUCCAGGGUCUUUCUCAGCAAGACAGCGACGGCGAAGAUGACGAAGACCAAGACGGCAGUGCUAGUGGCCUGGCUCCCUCAACUACCGUGCUUUGCGCUCUAACGCCUGGAAAAAUUGAACACGCUCCAGUUAGUCUCAUUCUUGAGGAGGAAAUGCCUUACGCCUUCAAUCUCACCGGCAAAAACACCGUGUAUCUCACUGGCAAUUACAUCGAUCAAGGACAUGACCAAGACCCCUUCGAUUCAGAUUCAGAGGACGCAGAUUCAGAGGACGCCUAUGACUUGCGGGAAGUCAGCUCUGAUGUUGAGAUGCAUCCAGACGACCUUGACGGUAUUGAUAGUGACGCCAGUCGAUUCGAGGAGGUCACGGAGGAGCCAUCCAAGAAUCAAAAACGCCCCCGGGACUCGGAUGCUGCUGCUGAAGAGGAGAAAGGCAGCAAGUCCGAGAAAAAGAACAAGAAGCUGAAGGGCGAAGGAGGGAAGGCUGUCGAUGUGGAGGCAGCACCGGCUCAAAACGAGGAGAAAAGGAAAGACAAAAAAAAGAAGGAGAAGUCUGGCGACCAGGGCGAGACCAAGGGGGAAGGAAAAGAAAAAGAGAAAUAUCCGAAGAAGACUCUCGCCGGAGGUGUUGUCAUUCAAGACGCCAAAGUUGGCACUGGACCCAUGGCGAAGAAAGGGAACACGGUUCGCAUGCGCUACGUUGGCAAGCUCACCAAUGGAAAGGAAUUCGACAAGAACGUGAGCGGUAAACCGUUCGCCUUCCACCUGGGGAAAGGCGAAGUCAUCAAAGGUUGGGACGAGGGUAUUGUUGGCAUGCAAGUCGGAGGGGAGCGUAUCCUCACCAUCCCGCCCAAGAUGGGCUACGGUGGGCAGGGCCAAAAAGGCAUUCCAGCCAACUCGACCCUUGUUUUCGAUGUUAAACUCUUGGAAAUCAAGUAA